AUGGCUCAACUUUCAAAGGAAGAGGCCCGUGCAAUUAUCGACAAUAUCAGGGAGCAAAAUGGCGGCAUCACCCAGUCCGAUCGAGAGCAGACACCGCAGAGUGUUUUACGCGUAUUGAACAACUUACAGCGAAAAUUAGGAGCCGCAAUUAAAAUACUUGCCUCGAACCUCUACUCCACAGACGCACGAUUCGUCUUUGAGCUGAUACAAAACGCUGAAGAUGCCUCAUAUAGAGUCAUCCAAGCAUGCAACGAGCUCCCAUUUAUCAAAUUCACCGUGUGCCAUGACCGGGUCAUCAUUGAUUCGAACGAGGACGGCUUUUCUGUACAAGAUGUUCGCGCAAUUUGCAGCACUGGCGAAAGCACAAAGACCAACAUCCAAGGCUACAUUGGUGAAAAGGGCAUUGGCUUCAAAUCCGUCUUUAAAGUCGCGUCCAAGGUCCAUAUUCAAUCCGGGCCAUUCUCCUUCUAUUUCGAACACAACCGUGGCGAAGACGGGCUUGGAAUGGUCACGCCAAUAUCAGAAGAGCCCAUGGACCUUCCUGUGGAUGUGCGCACACGAAUAACGUUGAUCCUCUCGGAUCCGUCAAAGUUCAAUACCUGCAUGAAGGAGAUUCAAGAUAUUCCUGAAACGCUGACCUUGUUUUUGUCAAAGCUUAAAAUCAUUAGUCUCUCCAUUCAGCCCCUGAAUGAAGACCCGUGGGAAGUGUCGUACUCGUGUGCCUAUGAUACUUCUAGUUCCUCGAUGACAUUGACCCGAACUACCAAUAACUCAUCCCGACAGACCUUCUACAGAGUGGUGAAGAGAAUUUUGUCGCCUUUACCCAGGGAUCCAGCUCGAAAAGGCCGCCAUCGAGCAGAAGUUGUUCUUGCAUUCCCAGUCAGCGAUCAUUCAGCAGAACUCAAACCUGUCUUACAGUCAGACUUCAUCACCCAAGCGAGCCGCGAGGACAUACAUCAUUCGCCAUGGAACGACGCCAUUCUUGAUGGCGUGGCUGAUACGUUUCGAGAUGCCGUUAUUCAAUUCUGCGAUCAUCCGUCCCUUCGAUAUCUAUGGUUGGAUUACAUCCCACAAAAUGUGUCUGAUCCUUUUUGGGCUCAGCUGCGGGAUAAGAUUAUUGACCGCAUGAAAACCGCCCGAGUUUUUCUCACGUGGAAGGAGAGAUUGGACUGCGCCGAGCACCUUAGACAGGUACCACUGGACUGCCUUGAUCAACACUCCCAACCUCUCUUUGAGGACAUGGAACCAGAGAUCUACCUCUCUCGAGGAUACCAGAAGUCAAGUAAUUUUGGGGAUAUUGCUUCCAUGGGGAUUAGGGCUAUAGACUGGGUACCUGAAAUCUUUCGCCUCGUUCAACCAUAUGUAGGCCCAGCAACACGAAAAAUAUUGGAUCAAGAUGACAGCUGGCAUACCCGAUUCUCAAAGCUUUUUCUCAAUGGACUGGGCAAUCCAAGUGUGGCUCCCAGGAUCAAAAGACUGGAUCUGAUUCCGCUGGCUAGCGGCAGGUUAGGGUCUACAGCAUCCGCUGAUAUAUUCUUUCCAACUGAUAGUUGUGGCAUCCCAAUCCCCAGAGACCUGCCGCUACGACUUGUCGAUCCAUCAUCACUCACAAAUUUUGAACGGCGAAUGCUAUUUAAACGUCUAGGGGUCACACAUUGCAGUCCCCAGAGGGUCAUUCGCCUGAUAACUGCCAAAUACAAUAUCCUCUUCUGUGUAGGCCUGGAUCAGUCCAUCGUGCACCUUCGUUAUCUGUAUAAGACUCUUUCCCCGGAUGAUACUUUGAAUGAUAGAGUAUUCCUCAUGGAUCAAAAUUUUCUUCCUAUAUACCGUAGCCAGAUUGCACCGCAUAUUACCUUUGACGACCUAUAUUUCGAGGACGACAAUGCUUACGGGAUGAAGCAGCUAUCUCGUGCAUUUCAGUCUACUACAGGACCAGUCAUACACUUCCUUCACAGCUCAUACCUUAAUGCUGGGUUGUCAGAUAUCCCAAACAAUGGACGCUCAUGGGAGGAGUGGCUGGUAUCUGCGGCUGGUGUUCGCUGGGUGCCCAGGCUCAGAGCGCGGUCUACGAUGGAUUGCCUGUCAGAGGUGUUCGAGUCCAUUGUGAGGGAGCACCCGGACAAGUUGCUUGGAGUGUUGAGGACUUACUGGCUCCGCUACAAUGAAUCGGACAAGUCUUCAGUUGUUAUUUGUCAGCUAAGUAACGCUGAAAUUCCCUGUCGAAACGCACAGUCAAAGCCCCUGCGGUUGACAUAUCUCCCCCUUACGGAGCUAGAAAAUAAAUGCGCAGAUCUGGAUAUUAAGGAUGACAUGCCCUUUGUUCGUCUCCCAUCUGAGUGGCCCAGUGAAGACAUUGAUGGAUGGCGGUUCUUAGAAGAAUUUGGAGUCGGAAGGGAAGCGAAUCUACCAUUCUUCCUCGAUGCGCUGCGAUGUGUAAUUGAGAAGAUUCGUCAGGGCGGCUUCACUAUGCAAAGAAAGAGCAGCCUCUUUGAGAUUUAUGAGUCGAUCUUUGACUGGUGCAGGGGGGAAGAUGAUUUCGACGCCAUAAGAGAUGUUUUCAAGGGAUUGGAGGCUGUCUAUGUUCCCAGCAGCGAGUCCCAUGAUGAGUGUUUAAGCCCACCUGAGGAUUGCGUUUGGAGUGGCCCUAGCUUUCUACGCGUCAGGUCCGCUCUCGGAUUUUACGAUACCUAUAGGGAGAGCGGCAAAAUCAAGAAGUUGCUCACUGGAAUCCUCAAGAUUCCCAAUGCAGGUCGAGCCGUCUAUCUCAAAGAGCUAGCAUGGAUGCGCAACAGAAGUAUAAGUUUCGAUAAUCUUUUGAUUGUCUAUCGGUCGUUAUUGGAAGUUGCAAGACCAAAUAACUGGGAGCAAGUCCGGUCGGCUUUUAAAGCCUGCAGCUUGGUGUAUAUACGCUCGCAAAACCUUUGGUGCAAGCCUAGCUCCUGCCUCUGGACCGUUGCCCCGCGUGUUGGCAAUCAGUUUGGUAUUGCCAGCGACUACGGGGAAUUGGAGGAACUAUUUGUGAGCAGAUUGUUGGUGCAGGCUCCGACUAUCGCAACUUAUAUUGAACAGCUGAAGACUGUUUCAACAGGCGGUUCUCCAAAUCGCCAAGAUAUACAAAGUGCUAUACUAAGCAUUACUGAGCUUGGCCCCACGUCAAGGGAUGUUGACGGCCUAAGACAUGUCAAGUUCCUGCCUGUGAAGUUAAGCAGGGAUAAAACCGUAUAUGAAAACCCUGCGGCAGAGUUCUUUAUUGUCGAUCGUAUUGAGUAUGGUUCUGCGUUUGAUGGAAAGGUGCCGGUUCUCGACUUAUCUCUGGAAGACGUUCGCCAGUUUCGCGGAUUCUUGCUGGCCCUCGGCUUCGCAGACCGCUAUAUGUCUGCAGCAGUUAAAGAGAGCACAACUGUGCUGCAGCCAGCUGUAAAUCCUACAGCUAUCCUGACGCAUGAGAUUCGAAUGAAAGCAAAAGCCCUUUUUCGAUGUGCGGUACAUUUCAACAGCACCAAAACUCUCAACAGAAAAGAAGCAGUUUGCCGAAUGCUUCAAGGGGUACAGAUCUAUGAAAGCCAAGGGUUCUCAAAGACCUUAAACCUAACUCUGGGCGGAUUAGCAAUCACAGCGGAAAGCGCUCGUGGCCUGCUGCACCUUGAGGACGAAGGUGACGUCCUGAAGAUCUAUGUCCCCCGAGAUCAGAAAGAUAGACGCCGCUGCUAUGCAAAUCAAUUACCCAAAGAAUUAAUGAACCAUCUGGGUAUAGCUGAUCCCGCCGCCAGGGGAGUUUUUCAGAACAUUAUCCGGAGCGAAAUGGACAUUCUUGACGAUAUUCUCGAGGAGGAUGGGAUUAUUCAGGUGGAUAUGGAUCUAUCUCAUGAUGGAGAUGUUGAUAGCCUGGCGGAAGAUGAAGCAGCUUCAGAUGUAGUUACGAGGAAUCUCUCCUCAGGUCAUGCCGGCCCACGGCCUGAGGCCCUUGCGACGACACCAGAAAGCUACGGCUCUGAAGGCGGUAGUGACCUGGAGCCUCCUACCGUGGAACAUGAAUACAGGCAGUCUCUGGCAUCAUUACCACAAGACAAUGCUCGCCGCCAUACGGGUUCAUCCCGGUUGUUCCCCCAUCCAAACAGAGUUGGGAACAACGAGAGCCCUGUUCCUGAGGAACUCCAAGAUAGAUCCGCCUACACUAACCUGCUCAUUCAGGUCUCCACGGCAGCACGCCAGGCUAACUUUGAAAUAGGCACAUUAGAUGAAGCAUUUACUUCUAGAGCACCUAUCUCACCGGCGCUUUCGGCCACCCCCUUCGGGAAUCGUCGACUAAACCAGCUGGAUCAUGACACUCGAAUAGGCGCAGCAGGGGAACUGUUUGUCUUUGAACUUCUCUCUCGUCUAAAUCUACCCGGCUUCGGUCGACAGAACUGGCGGAGCAGCAUUCGCAAGGAAGUCCGUUCUCACCCCGACUAUCAUGACCUGGAACCGUGGAACGGUGUGGAGACCGCGGAUUUUGUUUACAAUGAUUCAGAGGGGGCUUUGACCCGCCUGCUGGUUUCCCAAGACCUGGCAGCACCUUCUUGGGGUUCUGCUCGGCCGAGGUAUCUUAUCGAAGUAAAAUCAACAGUGUCGACUUUCAAUACUCCCUUUUAUAUGAGCAAAAGCCAGUUCCGAAGGAUACAUGCCACGCCCCCACUAUCCGAGCAAUCGCCAAACGAAGUUUAUCUCGUCUUCCGAGUAUAUCAUCUUGGGACGGGCCAUGAGCGGUUCUGGAUCUACAAUGGUGCCACUGGGCUUGAGUUUACUCCCGAGACUUAUAGUGUUGUUCACGAGCCCAUUCGGCUUAAUUGA